AUGUCGCAAACCCAGAAGCAAUUGGAUUCGCGCAUCAGGGCGCUCAUUAGCAAUGGCAUGCAGGAAAAGAAGAGAAGCUUCUUCGUCGUGGUGGGCGACCACUCGAAAGAUGUGAUAGUAUACUUGCACCACAUUAUGUCGAAUGCGAACCUCAAGCACAACAAGUCCGUUUUAUGGGCGUACAAGAACAAGCUUCUUGGGUUUACCAGUCACCGAAAGAAGCGCGAGCAGAAAAUUAAAAAGGAGAUCAAGCGAGGUAUCCGAGAAGUCAACGAGAGUGACCCAUUUGAACUUUUCGUUUCUCUACACAACAUUCGAUACACCUACUAUAAAGAGACGGACAAGAUCCUGGGCCAAACUUUUGGCAUGUGCAUUUUGCAGGAUUUCGAGGCGCUGACGCCGAAUAUUCUGGCCAAGACGAUUGAAACUGUUGAGGGUGGCGGUUUGGUAAUCAUGCUGCUCAAGGGCAUGAACAGUUUGCGACAGCUAUACAACUUGUCAAUGGACGUCCACUCGAGGUACCGAACGGAGGCGCACGAGGAUGUGGUGGCUCGCUUCAACGAACGAUUUUUGCUCUCACUAGGACGAUGCGAUUCUUGCUUGGUUAUUGAUGACGAGAUGAACGUCUUGCCCAUAUCUGGCGGUAAAGAUGUCACGACUCUGCCGCCUCCGGAUUUGGACGACUCCAAGACGGAGCAGCAAGUCGAGCUGGAGAAUAUCAAGGACGAAAAUGAGGAGAGACAACCUGUGGGAAGUCUGAUUAAGCUUGCCAAGACGGUUGAUCAAGCCAAGGCGCUUCUGACGUUCAAUGAGGCUAUUGCUGAGAAGACGCUGCGAAGUACUGUCACCUUGACGGCUGCAAGAGGCCGAGGAAAAUCGGCGGCUAUGGGUGUGGCUGUGGCAGCUGCUGUUGCGUACGGCUAUAGCAAUAUUUUCAUCACAUCCCCGUCGCCGGAAAACUUGAAGACUUUGUUCGAGUUUGUGUUCAAGGGCUUCGACGAACUGGGCUAUGCGGAUCAUGCGGACUACUCUAUUAUCCAAUCGACAAACCCAGACUUUAACAAGGCGAUUGUCCGAGUCAACAUCCACAGACAACACCGACAGACUAUUCAGUACAUUCGACCUCAGGAUGCGCAUGUUCUCGGACAAGCUGAAUUGGUGGUUAUUGACGAAGCUGCGGCUAUUCCAUUGCCCCUAGUUCGCAAGCUCAUGGGCCCUUAUUUGGUCUUCAUGGCUUCAACCAUUAACGGCUAUGAAGGCACCGGUCGGUCUCUGUCGUUGAAGCUGAUCAAGCAGCUCCGAGAACAGUCUCGAUCUGCCUCCAUCACCAAUGGGGAGACCGAAGUUGCUGAUCGGUCAACUGGAAGGGCCUCCAAGACCGAGGACUCCCAAACUGCCAGGAAGCUCCGUGAGAUUACUCUUUCAGAGCCCAUCAGAUACGCUAAGGGUGAUUCUGUUGAAAAAUGGUUGAAUAAGCUGCUCUGCCUGGAUGCUACCCUUCCUAAAGUUAAAUCCAGCAACCCUGACCCUGACCAAUGCGAGCUUUUGGCCGUCAACAGAGAUACUCUUUUCUCUUACCACCCAGUAUCGGAGGCGUUCUUGCAACAAAUGGUUGCUCUCUACGUUGCUAGUCACUACAAAAACUCACCUGAUGACUUGCAGCUCAUGAGCGACGCACCAGCGCACGAAUUGUUUGUUUUGGUACCUCCUAAUGUUGAGUCUACCGGAAAGCUUCCCGAACCGUUGUGCGUUAUUCAGGUGGCAUUGGAAGGAAAGAUUAGCAGACAGAGCGUGCUGAACAGCUUGAGUCGUGGCCAGCGACCACAUGGUGAUUUGAUCCCCUGGCUAGUAAGUCAGCAGUUCCAGGAUGAGGACUUUGCUUCUCUCUCGGGAGCUCGUGUGGUUCGCAUUGCAACAAACCCCGAAUAUGUUGGAAGGGGCUACGGAAGCAAGGCUUUGAAUCUGCUCAUGGACUACUAUGAGGGACGGUUUAUCAGUAUCUCGGAAGACGAUGACCAAGUAAUGGAGGAGAAAAUGCACCGGGCUACCGAUGCCGAGCUGGCCAAAACGUCACUGCAAUCCGAGGUAAUUGCCGUCAGGGAUCAGUCACAAAUGCCGCCUUUGUUCGCCAAGCUCCGUGAGAAAAGACCGGAAGCCCUUGAUUAUAUUGGCGUUAGCUAUGGUUUGACGGGACCCCUUCACAAGUUCUGGAAGCGAUCCUCCUUCUCUCCAGUAUAUCUGCGACAGACGGCCAAUGAUCUCACUGGUGAGCACACAUGCGUGAUGUUGCGACCCCUUGAGAACAGUGGCGAUCAAAGUUGGCUUGGAGCCUUCUCAAGAGACUUUCACAAACGAUUCCUCUCGCUCCUUUCAUACCAGUUCCGUACUUUUGACACAAAAACUGCUCUCAGUUUGGACGAGUCUGCCAAUGCCGGGGCAAAGUUGGACUCGAUUGAACCCGAAGCUCUGACCAAGGACGAUCUGGAUAGGCAUUUCUCACCCUUUGAUCUGAAGCGUCUGGAGUCUUACGCAAACAACAUGCUGGACUAUCACGUUAUCCUUGAUAUGAUUCCCAUGAUUGCCACCCUUUACUUUACCGGUAGACUCAAGAAGAGCAUUUCCUUGGGUGGUAUUCAUCGAUCCAUCCUGCUGGGCAUGGGAUUGCAGCGCAAGGAAAUCGAUGCCGUCGCCGAUGAGAUGAACGUGCCUUCGUCACAGCUCUUGGCCAUGUUUAUCAAGAUGCUCCGCAAAGUUACUGCCCAUUUCGGCACAUUGGUUUCAGAGUCGGUUGACGCUGAGCUGCCCAGGGGUGCCAACCUAGGUGUCACUAGAGAAAAUGCCAGCGGUGCCCACGAUGAUGAGGUCGUGGAUGACCGCUUCGUACCCCUGGCGACAUCACUCGAGGACGAGUUGGAAGCUGGGGGUGAUGAGGCACUGGACGCUCUGAGAAAGAAGCAGAGAGAGCUCAUUGACUCUCUGCCGCUCGACCAAUACGCAAUUGAAGGAGACGAACCAGCCUGGGCCGACGCUGAGAAGCAAGUUCGAAAUGCCACCAAGGACGGCAAAACCAACACAGUUGUGAGCGUAAAGUCCAAGCAAAAGCGCAAGGCGGGCCAGACAGCGGCCGAGGUUUACGAAGAGGCAAUGGGUGAAAAGGCGAGCAAGAAGGCCAAGAAGGGCAAGAAGUCUCAUUAA